AUGGUUACGCAAACGGCAACUAGUGAAAAAGCAUCGGCAAAAUAUGUUUUUAAUAGAAAAGCCGGUAGAAGUAUUAUUGAACAUCGUCCUAUAUUUUCACCGGACGGACAAUCAAUUGUGGUGGUUGUAGAGGACCUAGCAAGAGUGUAUAAUAUACAAACGGGCGAUUGUGUUCGUACACUACAAACGGAAGGCUCAGUGGGACAUUUAGUAGGGGUGCAGUUCACAGAAGAUGAUGGUUAUAACUUGUAUGGAUGUUCAGAACACGGAUACGUCACUACAUGGACUUGGGAGCAGGGUGCAGUGCUUCGUGAAAUUAAAUUAAGCCUGCCACAUAACUUGAAAAUAAUAUCAUUCAACAUAGUAGACAACAAUGAAUGUUUUAUAAUUGCUGUUCGACCGGACAAGUCACUACAUCUUGGAACAUAUUCAGUUAAAGACGGCAUAUUAUUGUAUGAAUAUACUGGAAUUGAAUGUUUCUACUACGGCAUCAUAUCAGUGGCCCUCGGGUGGUGCAAUGGCGAUAGAUAUGCAGCUUUUACAGUCGGAACUAGGAAACUCUUCAUACAAAACUUAUCCCAACCACAUUUGUAUUCAAUAAUAUCCAACCAUAAUCGUCUUCGAAUCAUGGCUGUAGCAGCUCAUCAAAAAGAUAGUACAGUGGCUAUAACUGAUGCAAUCGGGAGAGUUACAAUUUUAAGAGGAAAUUUAUAUGACUCCAAAAGUAUAGCAAGAGAGGUGAUGCAUUGGCAUUUCCUACCACCAUUAGCUGUGUGUUUUUCAGUUCAAGGUAAUUAUCUUUUAACUGGUGGUAUGGAAAAAGUGUUGGUCAAAUGGACGCUAGGUUCAUUGGCCACCAAAACUAAUGAGAAGAGCUUUAUACCUCGACUGCCUGGUAUUGUGAGAUUCAUAACUGCUAGCAGUUCCCAUAUAGCAGUCACAUUGUCUAACAACUCAAUAGUGAUAGCCAGUCCGCAGCUCGUUGUAUCCCGUACUAUCUUAGAAUGUGGUGGAACAUCCCCUCACGUGAGAUUCCUGGCGUCAACAUUAGUAUGGGACAGAUCGAGAGCGGCCUUACUACUCCCUGGCCGAACUGGACACUUGCAACUUUAUUCCACAAGCAGCGAUACUGUUCUUUGCAAUGUUGAUAUAACUCAAAUGAAUAGUUUGCCAGCGGAACGACUAAAUUUAAUACCAUUGGAAACGGAAGUAACUUGCACAGCGAUGAGCGCUGAUGGAUCUUGGCUUGUUACUUCAGAAUAUAGAAACGAUGGAGUUUUAUAUCCAGAAGAGAAAUUAAAAUUCUGGGCGUCCCAACAGAACACCGCUACACCGUUUAAAUUAAACACAUGCGUGAAUCUAUCGCACGGUGGAUGCAAUGUUGUGGCUUUAGCUCUAAAUAAUAAGGGCGAGUUUUGCGUAUCAUCAGGCACAGAUCAGAAGUUCAGAAUAUGGAAAAGGAAUACCAGUUCACAGGAUAAUAGGAAUAAAAUAACAUGGACCUGUCUAACCGCUUGUUACUAUUCAUCGGGGAUUUCACAUUUCUUAUCAAACUCGGUCCUAAAUCAGUACAAAGGGAAUAAAACACCUAUUACAGAUGAUUCAGAGUUGCCAUAUAUGAAAAAAUGUUGCGGAACAAAUGAUAUUUUGACAAAGAUUGUCAAUAUACAUAAGGAGAAUAAUUUGGUAUUGAAUAACGAUGAGGAUAGGGAUGAUGAGUUUUCUAUGGGCAGUGUUGCCAUAUCGCAGGAUGGGUCUUUGAUAGCCGCUUGGUUUGGUUGCAAGUUAACUCUAUGGGAUACACAUUUGUGUAACUUGCGGACUACGCUAUCCCAUCCCGCGUUACGACCGAGAGGUGUCCACGUUCAGUUCGGUAAUAACGACGCUGCUCAUUAUCUGGUAUGUACAACCGAGGGAUGUCUCGCCGUAUGGAGUCUUCUAUCUCUGACUAUGAAAUGGAUUGUACCAUUAAAUACAACUUGUCUUGUAGCCGACCCUUGUUCAAACAAAAUGGCUGUCUUAACGACCAAUAAUGACGUGUUCGUGUUCACACCUCACAGCUCUGUGCCAAUAUUGAAUCUGAAGAAUUUGAUAGAUUAUAGAAGUGGUGUGUUCAGACAUUGUGUGUUCGGAGCGUGCUCCGGAGAUGACGUCAGAUUAUAUAUGAUGAGGAAUGAUUCAGAGAUAUACUGUUUGGAGCCAGAGAAGUCUCAAGAACAGCUGGAGGUCAUAUCUCAGAGGAACCAGCCCAGGUCUAAAUUCAGCGUCCUAGUAGCUGAGCAACAGCUGUACGACGUACGAGCAGCUACAACAGCUGGGACGGAACAGCUUAACAGGGAACAGCUGGGUAACAACGCUAUCAGUCAGUUCCUUUCCGGAGCCCCUCACAUGGUCCCGCCAGUGAGUCUCUUGUGUCCAUUGUUCUUGCAACAUAUAUCAGGAUAUGAAGAAACUGAACAAAUUGAAGAGGAAGUGAUGGAAGUAGAUCCUCAGUCAAGUGAUGAUGAAGAUUUACCAUCGAAAUACACGCCUAAGGCCAUACAAAUGUGGGCCCCGAACUAUGAAGGUGUUAAGGAAAAGAGAUUGAUGAAUAUAUUAGAAACACCUCUAUUAGAUGACGAAUCUAUUGCUAUCGUUUUUGGUGAAUAA